AUGGAGAGAAAAAGCAUCAAAGUCGAAGAACAACCUCGGAAUGCGCUGGAUCUUUGGCAGUAUGCGGAUCCUCCGGGGUUGGAGACGAUUCAAGCGCUGGAAAAUGGCCGUCAUGGAGGCGUAGCGCCUCUGUCGAUGGCGCGCAGUAACUCUCUCAUUUCCAACGCGGCUGUUGCGCUCUCGCAACUGCAUUUGGCCAAGUUUUCGUCGACGACGGAGCGUCAUCGUGCUCCUCACGUUACGAGGAACGGGCAGCAUCUUGCGCGGUAUCUGUGUAUUUUCGCGAAGGACUCGUUGAGCGACAGGUCGGAUGUGCCUAAAGAAGCAUUCGGAUGA